AUGUAUGGCGAUCUAGGAAACAAAUUGGUCCAACACGCCAAACGCAUCCAAUCCUUACCCCAUCUACCUCCAUACCACUCAGACAUUAUUCGAAGUCUUAUACGUGAAGUUCACGAGCUCAACGACAAUGUCACUCGCCUCCUCUUGCCCUACGACCAAAACGGCUCCCAGCCGUUUAAUCCAUCGUCAGAACCCGCAACUGCGUGCGCCUUACUAGUCAAUCAUCUUUGCAUGCGAAGGAAUAAGAGAUGUCUACUUGGCUAUCAUCGUGUGAGGGCGGAAAAAAUAGAGGAGCUGUGCUGGAAAGGCUGGGACGUGAUGGAUUACCGCCAGGAGCAGCAACAGCAGCAGCACCUAGCUGAAACGAGUACACAAGCCCAGGGUGGGAGUAGCAGCGGGAGUGGGAACUCACUAUGCCCCGAAGAGGAGGAUUAUUUACGCAAAUAUGGUGACAUGCUCCUUGGGUACAAGGGGCAAUGGACUGAUAUCGACCUGACUGGGAGCUUGGAGCCCCCACAGGACCUAUUUAUUGACGUACGGGUGUUGAAGGAUGUGGGAGAAAUACAGAUGGAGUAUGGUUCGAUCAAUCUCACGAAAAAUAGCCAGUUUUAUGUCCGCCUUGGAGAUGUCGAGAAGCUCAUAUCUCAGGGAUAUCUUAUGCGAAUGAGUUGA